UCCAGCCUUGACCUAUUUUAAGACCCAAAUUUAAAAUUUGGGUAAAACCCACAAAAAACCCUCUCCAAUCUUUGACCCAUACUCUUCCCCAUUUUAGGUUUUACUCAUUUGUUUACCCAAAUUUGGGACAACCAAAGUCUGACCCAAUUUUCCAACGUCUCUUUCUCUUUUAAGUUCAACGGCUAUUUGCCUCUUUCCUUGCCAUUCUUGCCAUGCCUUUUUGAGAGCAGAAAAACAGCAUAAUUAAAUAGAUUGCUACUUCUCUUCUCCUCUCCUCUCCUCUCUCUCUCUCUCUCAACCAACGUACAAUUGUGAGUUUCCAAUUUGAUCAAUGGAUGAAUAUGAAAUUCUUGAGGAUUCUAUGAGUCUGGAACAAACUCAUGGAGUAGAAAUUAUAUCGCAAAAUUCUCCCGUGGCAGUAGGAAGCCAAAAGCAAACGAUUCGUGGUAAAGGAUUUACCAUGGUGGAGGAUGAGGCUCUGUGUCGAGCUUAUUUGGCUAUCUCACAAGAUCCAAUUAUAGGCACUAAUCAGACCAUGGCGAAUUUGUGGGAGCGUAUACGAUUGUGUUUCUCUUCCCAAGCAGAUGUUGACUGCAAUAGAACCGCUGUUUCUUUAAUGAAACGGUGGUCGAAAAUUCAAAAAGCUGUGAGCAAAUUUUGUGGUUUUCUUGCCCAAGUAGAAAGAAGGCAAAAAAGUGGAACCGGAGAAAAGGAGAAGAUGGCCGAGGCUAAACGUAUGUUUAGUAUUGAUGAACGUAAUAAGUCAUUCAUGUUUGAAUCUUGCUGGGAAAUAUUGCGCCACAGUUGUAAGUGGGAUGAAAUAAUGACACCAUCGCAAAAACCUACGGUCCAAACAGCAACUUCUUCAAAUCCUUCCACUGGUACUCCAACAUCUCUUGAAUCUGAGCUAGAUUUGGACCAACAACCUUCAAGAGAGGGAGUAAACCGACCAAGUGGUAUAAAAGCUGCUCUCGAAUCACGAAGGAAGAAGGUGAUUGAUGAUGUUAAGUUUGAUCAAAUGGCAGCAAACCAGAGUCAAAUAAUAAAUGUCUUGACUGGUAUCUCCUCGCGAGGUAUUGAACGAGAGCAACAAAAAGCUAUUGAUCGUCAAAAGAAGGCUGAGGAUAGGGAGGCACGGCGGUACUACUUGGCAGAAAGGAAUGAAAGGGAGCAAAGGAAGGAGGAUCAUAUCAUAAUGUCAAUGGACAUGUCAAACUUAACUCCUAUGCAGAGAGCUUACUAUGAGCAGCGUCAACAACAAAGCAUUGCUCGAACUGGGAUGCUUUAAGUUUAUCUUUCUAUUUUAUGGUGUUUGAGUAUUGGCAUGCUUUUAGGAGCACAAGGCCUUAACAGGAGAAGAAUGUGAUUGAAUUCGAUUGAAAAAUGGCAUAGACGCAUAGUUCUUACGGGUUACGACAUUGAAACUGGACUGCCGGUUGAGAUUUUUUACAUUGCUCAAGCUGUGAAGUCUCUUGUUGGUAGCAACUUGAAGAGUGACAAGUAACCAGGAGGUGUGUUGCAGUUUUUGCUUAUUUUGUACUUUUCGAUACAAGGAGUAGGAGCUGAUACAAUCUGCAGGAUUUCUCUUUGAUUAGAUUGCUUUUAGUCUAAAGUAAGAAAAUUAUCAGCAGAAAUAGCGUUGCCGCCUUCUCUCCAUAAACAUGGUAAAAUAUGCACUUAUUUACAUUUUAAGGCUUUUGUGUGAAUUGCUGGUUUUCUUCUCUCUCUUUUUCUUUGU